AUGGCCUCCACCCCGUCACAGGCGCUGACCAAACGGUCCAGCGAACAAAGCCUCAUGCCCCCUCCUCCACCCCCGAAACGAAUCAAACGACCCACCACGGUUCUCGACGAAGACGUCUACACACACGCACUGUCCGAGAUCAUCGCGCGGGACUACUUCCCGGGCCUGCUGGAGGAGCAGGUGAAGCAGGAGUAUCUGGAUGCGCUCGACUCCAAGGACAAGGACUGGAUCACCACGUCGAAGCGGAAACUCACGGAGCUGAUGCGCACGCCGGGCCGUGCACGCAGCACCGCUGCCCUUGGCGGCUUCACCCCGCGGUACACUGGUGCAGAACGCCCCGGUGACACCCCCGCCGGCUGGCAGGGCGACACGCCGCAGUCUGUGGUCUCGACGGCGACGGCCGCCACGGCCGCCACGGCAACGAACCGGAAGGAUAUACCGGACGUGACGAACCUGGGCCUCCUGGCCUUCCAGGCCAAGUACACCAGCGAAGACAACGAGUCGUUUAACAAACUCCUCGACCAGCAGAACGCGAAGCGCCGCGAGAAGUACACCUGGCUCUGGAGCGGGAACAAGAUCCCCACGGCACGGCAGAUCGCGUACCAGCGCCGAGAGGCGAAGCGCAUCGCCGCCCAGGGACCCAGUACUGAGAGGCAGCUCGCGAUCAAGACGGAUCUCGACGCGCGGCCGGCGAAUCCGGAUACCUGGACCACCCGACUGGAUAACUCGCUCAUGUUCAUGCCGUCGGGCGUCGAGGAUACCCACGAGACCAUCCAGCAGAAGGCCGAGGCGGCGUCGCGCGCGGGUCCCAAGCGUGUGGUCUAUGAGAAUACCCGAUUACCGGAGCCCGGGUCCCAGCAGCAGCAGCAGCAGCAGGGCGACGUUCCUCCUUCGCCGUCGAUCUCGGCCAUCAAGGAUGCCAUCGCGGGACGGCCGCGGUUCUCCGAAUCCGAGGCAGAAUACAACGGCGGGGAGACUCCGCGCGUGAACGGCUACGCUUUCGUCGACGAAGACGAGCCCGAACCAGAGCCAGCGGCGCACUCGACAGGCCACUCCCGCGAGGCUCCUGCCCUCUCAGCCGACGAUCUACGCCUCCUCGGCGCAGCCGACUCCACCCCGAACCCGUUCCUGAUCAAGGAGAACCGCAAACGCGAAGACCUGCACCACCGCAUGGUCGACCGCGUCGCUCGCACCAAACGCGCCGAGAAGGCCGCCCGCGAGAUCAGGACCCCCGUCACGCCGCGCUUCGCCAGUAGCCCCCGUCUGGACUUCGGGCUCCGUACCCCUGCGGCUGCCUCGUCCAGCGGAGGCGGUAAGACGCUCACCCCCGCGGCGCAGAAACUGCUUCAGCGCGUGGGCAACACGCCCCGGCAGGCGGGGAGCGCCUCUGUCUCUGGCCUGAGGAAUGUGUGGACGCCGACGCCUAAACGAGCCAAGUGA